CUCCAGCAGCGGAUGUUCUUGCCAGGCUUUCUUCCCACCGCGGUGAGGCUGGACGGAUAGAACUCACCAUGGCGCUGGAACGGAGGGGAACAACCGGUCCUGCAAGACGUGCUGGCGAGACCGGGCAACGAACGUGCGGGAAUGCGGCAAUCCAGAGCCGGACUGGGCGUCGCUGACUUUGGGUGUGUUUGUUUGCCAGGCCUGCUCGCUCCUUCACCGGAGCAUCCCCCACAUCAGCCGGGUCAAGUCUGUGCAGGACACAUGGGAUGCCAGUGAGGUGGAGUUGAUGGCUGCAAUGGGAAACAAUGCAGCCAAGGCCAAAUAUGAGCAGAAGGUCCCUGCUUUCUACUACAGACCAACACACACUGACUGCAAGCUGCUGAGAGAGCAGUGGAUCAGAGCCAAGUACGAGAGGAAUGAGUUUGAGUUUAUCGAGAAGCAGGAGCCUUACUCUGCAGGGUACAGAGAGGGGUUUCUAUGGAAACGAGGAAGAGACAACGGUCAGUUUCUCAGCCGAAAGUUCAUCCUGUCGGAGAGGGAGGGAGCGCUGAAGUACUUCAACAAGCAGGAUGCCAGGGAUCCCAAAGCGGUGAUGAAAAUCGAGACCCUCAAUGCCACCUUCCAGCCGGCCAAGAUUGGCAACCCCUGUGGCCUACAGAUCACCUACCUGAAAGACAACAGCACAAGGAACAUCUUUGUCUACCACAGUGACGCAAAGGAGAUGGUCGACUGGUUCAAUGCUAUCAGAGCGGCCAGGUUCCACUACCUACAGGUGGCCUUCCCCGGAGCGAGUGACGAGGAGCUGGUGCCCAAACUGACCCGAAACUUCAUGAAGGAAGGCUUUAUGGAGAAAACGGGUCCAAAGCACACAGAGGGCUUCAAGAAGAGGUGGUUUACGAUGGAUGACAGGAGACUCAUGUACUUCAAAGACCCUCUGGAUGCCUAUGCCCGUGGUGAGGUGUUCAUAGGCAGUAAGGAGAACAGCUACACGGUCCUGUCCGGCUUGCCCCCGUCCACGCAGGGCUACCACUGGAACCACGGCAUCACCAUCGUCACGCCGGACAGGAAGUUCCUGUUUGCCUGUGAGACCGAGGCCGAGCAACGGGAUUGGAUAGCUGCCUUCCAGAGGGUCAUCAAUCGACCAAUGAGGCCGCAGGAAUAUGCAG